CUGGAGAUUUGUGUCUCUGGGAUUUUUGUUGUCUCAUUUGUAUCUUUGGACACUUGGAGUUUGUGUGUUUGUCAGUUCUAAGAAAAUGAAAAGUUUUGUCUGCGUUGACAGAGAUGAAGAAUUCUCAACAAAGGCACAGAAAUGGAUCCGGAACCGGACUCAGUCGGACUCAAAGCACAGGUCUGACAAUAAGGUGGGACUGAAGAAGAAGGUGGGUUUACUGCGAGGGAUCUCCAUCAUUGUUGGGAUCAUGAUCGGAGCCGGAAUCUUCAUCUCGCCCAAGGGAAUCCUGAAGAACUCUGGCAGUGUGGGCAUGUCUCUGGUGGUGUGGAUUGCCUGUGGGGUCCUGUCACUCUUUGGAUCCUUGUGUUAUGCUGAGCUUGGGACAUGCAUUACGAAGUCUGGAGGACAUUACACCUAUCUACUGGAAGCCUUUGGCCCUAAGAUGGCUUUCAUGAGACUCUGGGUUGAUCUCAUUGCCAUAAGGCCUGCAGGGUAUGCUGUGAUUUCCCUGGCUUUUGGGCAGUACAUCCUAGAGCCAUUGUUCAUGCCGUGUGAAAUACCACCUAUGGCCAUCAAACUGGUCACCACCAUUGGAAUAACGUCUGUUAUGUAUUUAAACAGUAUGAGUGUGACGUGGGCAUCCAGGAUCCAGAUUGUGUUGACCUGCAGUAAGCUGCUGGCAAUCGCUUUCAUCAUUGUUCCCGGGAUGUACCAGCUCUUCAAAGGGCACACUGAGAACUUUGACAAUGCCUUUGAGCUGAGCAGUGUGAAACUAUCUGGUCUUCCUUUGGCCUUCUACUCAGGAAUGUAUGCAUAUGCUGGGUGGUUCUACCUGAAUUUUGUGACUGAGGAGGUACAAAACCCUGAGAGGAAUGUGCCCUUAGGUAUCUGCAUCUCCAUGGUUAUUGUGACUUCCUGUUAUGUGCUGACUAAUGUGGCGUACUACACAGUGAUGUCAGCGGAGGAGAUUCUGCUCUCAGAGGCAGUUGCCAAGACAUUUGCCCUGAAAAUGAUGGGGGACUUCUCUGUUGCAGUACCGAUAUUUGUGGCCUUGUCAUGCUAUGGUUCCAUGAACGGCUCCGCCUUUGCCAUGUCAAGAUCGUUCUACGUGGCAUCACGUGAAGGACAUCUCCCUGAGGUUUUAUCCAUGAUCCACAUCCGUAGACACACUCCGCUGCCUGCGGUCCUCAUACUGUACCCUUUGACAGUGCUGCAGUUGUUUCUUGGAGACAUAUACGGGCUGCUAAACUUCAUGAGCUUCCUGCGCUGGCUCUUUAUCGGUGUGGCAGUUGUGGGUUUGAUCUACAUGCGGUACACUCGACCUGACCUCCCGCGACCCUUUAAGGUGCCGCUCUUCAUCCCUGUUGUGUUUAGUGUCAUGUGUUUCUUGAUGGUCUUCAUGUCGCUGUACUCUGACCCAGUUAACACAGGAAUUGGAUUUGCUGUUUCCUUCACUGGCAUCCCUGCUUACUACAUCUUCAUCGCUUUCGACCGCAGACCAAAGUGGCUUCAGAAGGCUUUUCAUUUGUCAAACAGAACUCUGCAGAUCAUCCUGGAGGUCAUCCCCGCUGAGAUGUGACAUCAUCACCCAGUGACGCUGGGAGAGGCUCCACCCCCUCCUAAACCUUAACUGCAGUCAGCAGCAUCAGAAAAUGACUGUCUGACUGAUGGGCAUGUUUUUAAAUUCACGUUCAGACAGUGGGAUUUUGUGCAUGUGUGGGAAGUAAAAUGUUUCAUUUCAA